AUGCCACACGCAACUGGAGAUAUGAAAAUGACUAUCCGCCAAAGGAGCCCGCAGCAGCCUAUAGAAGCCCCAUCCACAGAUCCUCAACCAGACCGCAUCCGAAUCAAGAACCGUAGAAAACGCUAUCUAGACCUCCACCCCGAAUACUUCCAAACCGCCGAGAUAGAACUCGCAGAUCCCCUCCUCUACGACCGCCUCGUGCGGCGCUUCCAAUCCGCCGCCGAGCGUGAAAAGGAAGGCCGCGAACGAGGCUUCACAGGCUCCAUGGAAACCGACCUGGUCCGAUCCGAAGCCAAACUGGAAGCCCUCCAGCAUCCGGAUCCGAACAGCCCGAUGGUGUACAAACGCGCACAGGACGGCUCGAUCGUGGGCGUCGAAGCGGACGAGGAGUUUCGACCGAGGACGAAAGAGGACGCCUGGGCGAUGUGGACGGAUGUGAUGGAGCAGAGGUUUUUGAGGGGGGAUGAUCGGGAUUUUGAUUAUGCGGUUGUGGAUCGGAAUGAGGAGUUUGAUGAUCGCGCGGAGGAGGACCGGAGUCAGUUGGAGGAUUAUGUUGGGAGGGAAGAUGCGCAGUUUGUCGGCGAGGGGCUGCCUACUGGCGAGACUGGUGUACAGGACUUUUGA